AUGCUACAGAUAUCUAAGGGUGUCCCCCAAGGUAGUAUACUUGGUCCAUUUCUAUUUAGUAUUUUUACUGCAGAUUUAAAUAAGGUCCACCAAUAUGCAGAUGAUACUCAAAUUUAUAAAUCAGCUUUACCUGUUAAUAUUGAUGAAGUUAUUGCAGAAAUUAAUGAAGAUCUAAUUUUACUUAUGCUGACGGAGAAUGGAAGCAAGCGGAAAGAUUUUACUUAUGCUGACCAGGGACCAUGGAAUCAAGAAAAAAGAAAUUUCAUAGACUUGAUAAUGAAAUUAAGAAAACUGGAAGAAGAGAAAAAACUGGAUAAAGACCUACUCCAUAACAAAAUUAAAGAAUGUUCAACUGCACACUUGGGUGUUUCGAUAGAUUGGUCUGUUGAAACGGUGGAAAAAUCAGUUUUUCAAAAAGAAAGCCCUAUGUGGACAAUACAUAAGUUAAACAAGAGCAUCAUGGUUGGAGUCACUUCAUAUCACAACUGGAUUUAUUGUAUAUCAAAUGGAAUGGAUGUGGAGAAUAUGAAAAUUUAUUACUAAGGAAACUUUAAGCAAAAAAAUCCAUAUAAUAUUGCAAUAUUUACUUUCUUGUUGACAAUAU